AUGUCAGAUAGGCUUUUACCUAGACAAAAUAAUGGGGAAACCAAUAUUGAUUGGAUUAGCAGAAUGAUUAAAGAGAAACGUAUCAAUUUUAUUGAUAAUGGAGAGUUUGAAAAGCCGGUGUUUGUAAAACUCGGGGGUUCCGGAGUCAUAAGAAAAACCCUGUGGAAAACAAAAAAUAAGGACAUCAUCUUAAAAGAAAUUGUGCCCGAAGAAGUCAUAACAGAGCCGGAACUUCAAGAGCUUAUUAAGGAAAUCAAAGCUUUUGAUUCCAUUAGAGUUGGAGAACAAUCGGAUAUAAAUAAAAUAGGUUACCCAAAUGUCAUCGAAUGUUUUGGUGUAUCGCGUUUUAAUGAACAAGAACCAUUUUUGCUCGUAUUAGAACACGCAGAUAUUGGUUGCUUACGAGACUAUUUGAAUAAUCACCAUGAUAAUUUGAAGUGGGGACAAAAAAUUAAUAUUGCACGUCAGAUCACAUGUGGACUGCACUUUCUACAUAAAAAUGGAAUUUUACACCGUGACUUAAAUACCCAAAAUAUAGUUAUUAAAAGAGAUGAAACCUUCGAAGAUGGCAUUAGAGUAAUUAUCAUUGAUUUCGGACUCUCGAAAGUUGUUCCUCGCAAAAGUAUAUCGCAUCAGAGAAUAAAAGGCCAUGCAAAUUUUGUGGAUCCCGUUAUCUUAGAAGCAUCAGAUUCGCAAUUUGGAGAGAUAUAUCGUUAUCAAUCUGAUAUAUAUAGUCUUGGUGUAACAUUUUGGGAAAUUUCAAGUAAUGGUCAACAAACAAAAAAAAAUAUUCCCCCGGACAUUAUAAUAUUGAAUAGAAUAAAAGGAGAACGGGAAAGACCAGUAGCCGGAUCUACUCGCCCUUUCGUCGAACUUUAUCAGAAAUGUUGGGAUCAUAAUCCUCAAAAUCGUCCUGACAUUUAUCAAGUUCAUGAAUCGAUUUAUAGAGAUGAUAUUAUAUCGGGCGAAA